AAGUGGGUCAACACAUAUGGGAGCACUGCGACACAGCCGGAGCCCUGCUAAAGAGGGGCUGUCCUUUUGAUCACCUGGAGGACCCUAGAGGUUCCACUGUCCUUCUGAAAAACCAGAAGAUCACCUUUCAUCCUAAAGAACAAAGACAUAAACGCCUGCACAGAGUAGUGACCCAGCUCCAGCCUCAGACUGUCCUGCUGCACCUCAGACCAGGAGAACCCCAGAGCUUUGAGGUGAAGUUCAAACAGGUGAAGGACUACCUCAUAGACCUGUACUACCUGAUGGAUCUGUCUUUUUCCAUGGAGGAUGACCUGAUGAAUGUUAAAAAGUUGGGGGCUGACCUCAUGAAAGAAAUGAAGAAUAUCACCACUUCAGAUUGGACAGUGAUGCUAUACAUCAGCACUGCAAAGCACAUGCUCAGAAAUCCCUGUAAAAUGACUUCGCCCUGGCCCUGCACCCCUCCCUUCACCUACCACAACAUCCUAAGCCUCACCACCAACGGAAGCCUCUUCACAGAGCUGGUAGGGGGGCAACGGAUCUCCAGUAACCUGGAUUCACCAGAGGUUGGGUUGAAUGACCUGAUGCAGGCCACCAUGUGUGAG